AUGUUGGCCCUCAUGGCCGCCGGCUGCGUCUUCUUCCCCGGAGUCUUCCUGCUGUCCAAACAUGCUCUGAAGCACAUGAUGGGAUGGAGCCGGGGGGAGGCUGACAUCGUGUCUGCACGUCUGGUGUCGUCGAUCCAGGCCAUCAUGGCUUCAGCAGCUGGAUUUAUCAUCACCUCCUCCUGCAGGGACGUCAUGGAGGACAGCCAUUGGCUGACGGACAACUACAUCCUGUUUGCUACGCCGUACUUUGCCUACGACAUCUACGCCAUGUUCCUGUGCUACCGUCACAGGCUGCAGGUCAAAGGUCACGAGGAGGAGGGGGAGGGGGGGAUUCGGUGGGCGUCUGUGGGGGGGUACCUGCGCAGAGAGAAGCUGAUGGUGCUGCAUCACAUCUUCAUGGUGACCUGCUGCUUCCCCGCUUCACAGAUGUGGCGUCAGGGGAAAGGAGAUUUCUUCCAGGGUGUUUUAUUUCUGGCUGAGCUCAGCACCCCGUUCGUCUGUCUUGGGAAAGUACUCAUCCAGUACCAGCAGCAGCACACUGUGCUGCACAAAGUGAACGGAGUCCUGAUGCUGCUCGCCUUCUUCUGCUGCCGGGUCCUACUCUUCCCUUACCUGUACUACGCCUACAGCAGGUAUGCGUCCAUCCCCGUGUACGUGGUGCCCCUGGUGGCCCCGUGGCAGUGCAACCUGGGGGCCGCCCUGCUGUGGCCCCUGCAGCUCUACUGGUUCACUCUGAUCUGCAGAGGGGCUCUCCGCCUGUCCGCCGCCGGUGGAUGCUCCAAAUCAACGUGUAAAGCUGACAAUGACUGCUGCCUGAGCUCCAGUAACGGCUGCAGGAAGAGAACAUGAGGCAACACAACGGACUCUGCACAUGUUCCGUUCACUUCAAAGGAAACCUCACAUCCUCAACAAGGGUCAUUUCUGUUAUGCAACAACAUAUUUUUCCACAUAACCUGCUUCCUCAUUAUUUUCUUGAACACUUCUGAGUUUAAGAUGGUCUCUAUUUUAUAUAUACAGAAUAAACCAAUGCAAUGUAAUGAACAUCAAAAUAACUAUUAACAGUAAAAUACUCAAAAUAUUUCUUUAUUAUUAUUUUAAAGGCCAUUGUAAUUUCUGUUUAAUUGUACAUUAUAUGUACAGUCAAUGAUUGUAUAUAUGUAUCGGAAA